AAGAAACAGAGCUUUCUCUCUCUGGAUUGGGAUAAAUCUUUCCAGUCAAGCGGAGCAUAUGAAGACACGGCGAAAAGCCCCCACAAUCUCUCCCCAUCAUCAUCGUCAUCCUCUGCCCACCUACGUAUUCACGUAGAGUCUUCCUCAUCGUGCUUCUCCCAUUUGACUUUCAGACACCCCCCUCUGUUUCUUGUUGCCGGAACUCCCAAGCUCUGCUCUGUUUUGGAUGGGAUUUGUUCUCCAAGAGUGCAGGUUGCGAAGGGCAUGACGAUGAAUGUCAGAGGAGGAGGGACUAGGCUGCAGCGGUCAACGAGAGCUCCGGCGAAGCAUGAUGAAAGGGUGGAAAUGUUGGCAACCAAAUCUGUGGAUGCGACGAAGCCAACUGCUAGUCAGCAAAAAUCGAGCAGAGAGAGAAAAUUGGCGCUGCAGCAAGAUGUGGAUAAGUUGAAGAAGAAGCUUAGACAUGAAGAGAACGUUCACAAGGCUCUUGAGAGAGCUUUUACCAGACCUUUAGGAACUCUGCCUCGUCUUCCCCCUUAUCUCCCAACAUAUACUCUAGAACUUCUGGCCGAGGUUGCUGUAUUGGAAGAGGAGGUUUUGCGGCUGGAAGAACAGGUGGUACAUUUCAGGCAGGGCUUAUAUCAGGAAGCUGUGUACAUUUCAUCAUCCAAGAGGAAGAUUGUUGACAGUUCAUCUGAUUUUCAUAGACCAAACCCAGUUAAGAAUUUUAGACAUGAACAGUCCAGAGUCGAAGCUCAAAUUGCCAGUGGCUCGACGCCAUCUCGAACCAGGCACUUGUUGUCUCGCCCUGCGGAUGCAUGUGGGGAAGAUAAGCAAGCAUGCACUAAUUCUACAAUUGACAAGAAGGGAUCUACCACACAUAAAAGCCGUGGAGCCAAAGUUGCUAUAAAGGGACGCCCUGUAGAUAAUGUCUCCGCGGAGAAGUAUUUGGAAACUCAGAAAUCACAGCUUGAGAGUAGAGUGACAGACCUAGAAAAUGCAAAAGCAAGGAACCGAACAGUUUCUGAUGAUGGAGGGCGAGGUGAUGAAAACCCGAACAAAAUCUCCGAGAAUGUUUUGAAGUGCCUAUUGAGCAUAUUCUUGAGAAAGAGCUCAAAGAAGAGCAGGGUUACAUCUGAAAAUUCACCAUUCUUGUCUACGAUUAUGUCUGAGGAGGGCAGUGCAGAAAUGGAGUUCCUUGAUCCCUAUGGCGUGCAUUCAGAGUAUGGAAAGAGAGAUAUUGGCCCAUAUAAGCAUCUUUAUUCAAUUCAUGCUGGCUCAAUCAAUCCAAACAGAACGACGAACUGCGUAUUUUUAGAGCAAAGAUUGAAAGUGCUCCUCGGAAAACUUGGGCGUGUCAAGUUGGAGAAUCUCACUCACCAGGAGAAGCUUGCAUUCUGGAUUAACAUUUAUAAUUCCUGCAUGAUGAAAGCCUUCCUAGAACAUGGAAUACAAGAGAGUCCCCACGUGGUUGUUGCAUUGAUGCAGCAGGCAACAAUAAAUGUUGGAGGACACCUUCUUACCGGCAUAACGAUUGAGCACUUCAUCCUCAGACUUCCUUAUCAUUUAAAAUAUACCUCCACAAAGGGUACAAAAAACGUUGAGUUGACAGCGAGAAGAAUCUUUGGAUUGGAGUUAUCUGAACCGUUGGUGACUUUCGCACUUUCCUGUGGAAGUUGGUCGUCCCCUGCUGUGCGAGUCUACACGGCAUCGAAUGUAGAGAAUGAACUUGAAGCAGCAAAAAGAGACUAUUUGCAGGCUGCAGUUGGAAUUUCUGCCGAGAAAUUUGUGAUACCAAAGCUGCUGGACUGGUAUCUGCUCGACUUUGCCAAGGACUUGGACUCCUUGCUUGAUUGGAUUUGUCUUCAGUUACCCAGUGAACUAGGAAAACAAGCAAUCAAGUUUCUUGAGAUGGGAAAAAGCAAUGCUCGUUCGAAGUUUGUUCAGGUUGUUCCCUAUGAUUUCACUUUUAGGUACCUUCUAUACACACAAUAAGUUUCGGUUUUUCCAAUGUGCUAGCUUCAAUAUAGGUUCUUUGCGCAAUCUGUAUUAAUAAUGUAUAUUGCAGUUAAAAUUACAAAUGGUUCUCAUAAAUCUUGGGAACUAUUUCUUCAGCCAGAUUGUGCUUCUUGUAAAUGGAUCAUGGGAGGAAAUGUAAAUAAUCAAUGAUUCCGGGAUUGA